GCCCCAAGUGAACGCUAUAAAAGAGUAGGAAACGCGCGUAGCCUGUCACCACGUAAUAACGUUUGAAGCUUGAGCAAAGAAACAAUGGCCACCCGCCAAGCCACCGCGGCCGCCACCCUCGCGUUCCUCCUCGUCGCCACGGCCACCGUCUCCGCCGCGGCGGCGUCGCCGGCGUCGCGCAAGGUGCUGCAUUGGAAGGACUACCUGGGGUGCCCGCGGGACGCCGUCAAGUUCGGGGCCUGCGUCGCCGCGCUCGGCGCCGCGGGCCUGCAGGCCGGCGCGCAGCUCGGGACCAAGUGCUGCGACGUCGUGCAAGGGCUCGCCGCCGCCGAGGCCGCCGCCUGCUUCUGCACCACCAUCAAGGAGACCGUGCUCGGCAUCCCCACGGAGUGGACCGUCGGCGUCGGGGCCCUGGCCAGCGCCUGCAAGACGGAGCUGCCCGACGGCUUCAAGUGUGUCUGACGACGAUGGUCACGUCUCACUAGCUAGUGCAUGCACACACAUCCUCUAUUCCUCACUGUGGGCUAUGGAUAGCUCUUGGUGUUGAUGUGAAACCUAUUGGCUUGCUUUCUUGUUCAAAGUAACAUUGCAUUGCAUCACCGUCCUUUAUUGCCCUAUGCUGGUUAAUUUUGUCAAAUUUGUAGCCGUAAAUUUGUUUGUUCUGCGUGACAUGAAGAGUCGCUUGCUUUAAAAUACAUGUGAUUUGAAUCAAUUUGGGGAUC